CAUACUGCGACCAGAUUUUAUCAACCGACAAAGGCAUUUGAGAGUUUGAGGUUAAGGAACAAGCUAAGCUGCGGCCCCCCCUUUACCCUUCCCUUCCUCUUCCCAUCCCUUCCCAACACUACCCCCACCACAUCCUCCCCCACUUCUCCCUACUUGUUGUUUGCGGCCGAAUGCGGUGCGGCUGGCGCACUGUGUUGGUUAGUGUUGUUGGGUUUCGAUGCUGCAUCUCCUUAGUUCCUGAUCAUGGAUGCUUUAGUUGAAGAUGUUCCUAUUGUUGUGGCUGCACUCGACAGCCAUAACGCCCGUCAUCUAGUAAACGAAAAUGUAGUGUUCGAGAGACUAGAGAUUGCAAGUUUGACUACUUCACUUCGUGGCCAAGACCUAGUCAAUCAUGUUGUCCGUAAAUUUUUAGUUGACUUUGGGAUGGCACCACCUGAAGAUCCAGGCCCUGCACCUCUUGGGGCCACUGGCAAUCCAGCUGGUCCUACUUCGAGUAGAAUAGGCCUUCAAGAUAGUCCAGAAGUGUGUGUUCUCUCUCCAGCUACUGUUCAAGCUUUUGAUGAGCCAUAUUCUCCGCUUCCACUGUGUUUGGAUUCCACUCCAAACGUUGAUGUAAGCAAAGAACUUAAAAAUACUACGGAUGUGUCUGAAGAUUCUACAUUAGGAGGCAUGUCUAAAGUAGGACAUGACACCUUGCUGGAUACAACAUUUAGUCCUAUUGCAGAACCUGCUUCUGUUAAUGGUCAGUCAAAUGCUAACCCGGGUAGUACCUUAAAGAACACUGGAGCUAUUCCAAAAACCAGUCAUUUGGUUGCAUCUAGUUAUGAGAGCACAGGUGCUAUUCCUAAACAAUUUCAAGCCAAAGAUACUGCCGUUGGUGGAAAGUUCAAUAAUGCAACGGUUUUCGAUGAGACUUUUGAAUUAAUGGAUACUUCUAGACCUAACCCAGUUGAUAGUCCUAUUAAUAGUGCCAUUGACAUGAAGACAAAACAAAAUGGGACAGCAUCAGCUUCAGUAACUCUUGAUAUAUCAGAGAGUGAAGAUUAUAAUACCAUCAGCUCUUCCCCUGGUAAAAGGGUUCGCAAUGAACCUUUUAAUGAGCGAAAAAAAUUCAAAACAAGUCCAGUGGCAAAAUCUAUUCUCUUAAGCCCUGAAACUAAAAGGUCACCUAAGUCAGAAAAGGUUGCAGCUCAUGUUGCUACCCUUAGUGACAUGUUUCCAGAGGCAGAUCCAGAUUACUUAUGGAACAGAUGUGAGCAAGUCAGUGAUGAUGAAGCCUUCAACGCUGUAAUAAUUCAAAUGUUAUCUGACAGUGAUUAUCCCAGAGUACAUGGUCUUUCCCAAACCAGAAUGAAUCCAAGUACCAAAGCCUCUGCUGCUGCAGGAUCAAGUAAAGAUUUGAAAGAUUCACCUAUUCUGGCAGGAAAUAGCACUAGUAGCACUAUUAGCUUGCCUCGGUUUCUACCUAAUACUCAAGAAUCCACUGUGACCACCAUUACUUCAAGUGCUUCAUCUUCCAAUUCAACUUCUACUCAUUCGACCUCAAGUGCUCCAGCGGGGACAGCAGUAGCAUCCACAUCCAAAGCUGUGAAGCUUGAGGCUUCAGCGUCCACAUCAAAAGUUGUAAAGCUUGAGGCUUCAGCAUCCACAUCAAAAGUUGUGAAGCUUGAGGCUUCAGCGUCCACAUCAAAAGAUGUGAAGCUUGAGGCUUCAGCCUCCACAUCAAAUGCUCCAGCUUCUGCGUCGAAACAGCCAACACAAGUGCAAAGUUUGAGCGAAGUCAAACGUAGACUCAGCUUGGAAAAUGGCCAUGAGGCUGCAGCAGUUAUAAGAGAGCCUUGGCAAGACCAGCUUGAUACCUUUGUCCAGAUAUUUCCUGAUGCUGAUCCUUCAUUCUUAGAGGAGAAGGCACGCCAACUCAUUGGGAAAGAGGAUGAAUUACGAGUUUUUGUUGCUGAAGCCCUAGAGAAGAAGGAGUACCCAUCGCGUAAAGAUUGGCAAUGGCGGCAGGAGCAAUUAGCUCUGCAAAAAAAGUAUACAGAGGAAUUCAGCAUUCCAAACUUUCUUGAAAUCAUUCCAGAUCCAUUCACAUAUUUUACUGAUCCUAAUCGCAAGAACUUAACCGUCCAAGCCAACCAAGCUACUAUGUUCCUGCGAAAUAAGUAUAGGAAAUUGAGAGUUGCUGACAUAACUUCAGUAUUUAGUAGGAAUAAGUACAAUUUGACACUUACAUGUCGCCAGCUUGACAGUUGGACUGGUCCACAGCUUAAAUCUAGAAGAACUCAGGUGGAUUAUGAUUUAACUAGGCAUGAUGGUGGGAAAGGCAUUAAUGUACCAUUUCUGCAGGAGAUAGCUUUUAUUGAAAAUGAAAAAAAAAUUGUCCAGUAUUUAAGUGAUAAAAAGUCAAAGAAAGAAGCUGCUUUUAAGGAUGCAAAGGACAAGGGUGAACUUCUCCAGUGUCAAUGUUGUUAUGAUGACGAAGUGAUGUUGGAAGAUGUUCGCACGUGCAGUGAGGGGCACAUAUUUUGUGUCUCCUGUUUGCAAAAGAGCUCUGAGCAGCGUAUUGGAGAUGGUCAUACAACUUUCCCAUGUCUUGCAGACUGCACAUCUGAAUUCAACCUACAAACCUUACAGGAAAUUUUAAAACCCACUGUUUUCUCACGCUUGGUUCAAAGAAAACAAGUUGAAGAGGUGAAAGCAGCAGGCAUUGAGGAUCUAGUUCAGUGUCCUUUCUGUGAUUUCUGUAACAUUCCUCCCAAGGAUGAUAAAAUCUUUAGGUGCCUUAAUCCAGAUUGCAUGAAAGAAUCCUGCAGAUUAUGCAAGGAGGAAAGUCAUGUUCCUCUUCGUUGUGAAGAAGUAGAGAAAAAGUCUGAAGUUCAAAUGAGAACCUAUAUAGAAAACCAAAUGACUGAAGCUCUUGUCAGAACUUGUUGGAAGUGUGCUAGAAAGUUUGUGAAGGAAGAUGGCUGCAACAAAAUGACCUGUCAGUGUGGAGCAUUGAUGUGUUACGUUUGCCGUCAACCUGUCAAGGAUUAUUCCCACUUUAAUGGCCAAGGGGGAGAUGCACAUGAGAAGUGUCCAUUGUACUCCGACCACCAUGCACUUGAAGUUGCUGAAGUGAAGAAAGUAGCUGAACGAGCAAAGAAGGAAGUCUUGGCCAGGAUACCAAAUGGGUCUUUAAAACAUGAUCCUACUAAGAUUCUUCCUGUUUAUCAAGCACCUCCACAAAAUUCUGAUAGUGAUGAUAGUUUCUAUGAUAGUGACGAUGAUAAUGAUGGAUAUGAUGGAUUUCACUAUAGAAGAAAUCGACUUGAGGAUUCUGAUGACGAUGAUGGGUGGGGAAGAAAUCGAUUUCAUUGGGAUGAUGACCACUUAGAUGAGGAGGAAGCUGAAGAAGAAGAAGAAGAAGACGAAGAUGGAGGUGAUAAUGACGAUGGUGAUGAAGUUGAAGAUGAAGAUGAAGAUAAUGAUGGAAAUGACCAAGAAGACAAUAGUAAUGAUAAUUCUGAAAAUAAUGGCAAUUCUGGAGGAGAAACAGAUCUUAGCAUAAUAAUGGCAAUUCUGGAGGAGAAACAGAUCUUAGCAUUAGUCAAAACAGUAAUGACAAUUCAGAAAAUAAUGGCAAUACUGAAGGAGAAUCAGAUCUUAGCAAUAGUUCAAAUAAUGAACAAGACACAAACAGAUUCUCCUCCUCUUCUGCGCCCUCUUCUUCUACUCCAAAUAGUCCAUGCUCCGUUAACUCCUCAUCUAAUUCAUCCCAUUUUUCUUUUGAGUACUGAAGUUCCAGUACGUGUUGUCAAUUUCUGCUCUCAAUACUUUAGUAGGUCUCCAUUUUUAGUGCCUUUUUUAAGCAUGAGUGCUGAGAAUUAUUAUCAUAAGAUGCUUUUUACAGAACCAUUGUACUCGUCAAACUUCUCAUUAGCUAUGUUACUACUGUAGGUUGCCUAAGAUGUCGUCUGUCGUCUGCCUGCCCAUAGUUUAAGUCUGUUUUUUAUUCAUCUAUCAAAAUUUUGUUUUUAGUUAUCUAAUUUAAUCCUCUGAUGUUCCAAUUUUCUUAAAUUAUAUUCAAAUUUGAGAUUUCAGUACUUUCUGUUGGAUUUGUCUACUUCUUAAAGACAGGACCAUAAAAAUAUCUAUCAAUUUUUGUUGAUGUUUUCUUUUUGAUUUGGUAAUGAAUUGUACCAGUGUAGAGGGCUAGCAUUAUAAUGUAGUUGCUCAGGAUUUUUCAUUGAUUUUAUUACGUUAAUUAAAAAUGAAAAACACUUUUUA